AUGUCUUCCUCGUCGUCGUCGUCCAUGAAUAAAUACUGGAUCCCUCAUCUCGACAUUCACAAAAAGGUCAUCACCCAAGAGCUCCAAUACUAUCUUGGGCCGCAAGCGACAGUGAGAGCUUACACUCGUGAGGGAGAAGAUGGCUUCUUGAUCACGACCCCGGGGCCUUGCCUGUCAGAUGAGCAAAUCGACGACAUAUGCGUCAAGUCGAAGGAGAUGUGGGAAAGACAGGCAGCAGCACGAGCAUCUGGUAGCCCCGAAAAGCCCUUGAAGCGGCCGCUUCACAAACCGGUCGUGGUAUCCACGGCAGGCGCAAGCGAUUCGCCAAGAAGGAGGGGGGAGGACCGAUGGCGCACCGACUCGAGAAGUCGACAAGGCGAGAGACGUCGAGCUUGA